UUCAUGAACAUUAACGGAUCAAAGUCCAUUUUCCUUAUUCUCUCUUCCAAGAACAUAUAAUUAAUCAAUAAUCCAUCAAUCUCUAACGUUCCCCUAUGGCAGCUGAUGCUUCAAGUGAUCCAACUUUUCCAACCCACACAAAAGCUUGGUACUACUCUGAACAUGGUGCACCAAAUGUUCUCAAAUUUGAUCCCAAUUGGCCCUUACCCCAACUCAAAGAAGACCAAGUGCUCAUCAAGGUCAUUGCUGCAUCCCUUAAUCCCAUUGAUUACAAGAGGAUGAACGGGUUGUACAAGAUUUAUGACCCUCAUUUACCUACUGUUCCAGGGUUUGAUGUUGCUGGUGUGGUGGUAAGAGUGGGAAGUGAAGUGAGGAAAUUCAAGGUGGGGGAUGAAGUAUAUGGUGAUAUCAACGAGGAAGGAGUAACAAACCUAAAGGCCCUUGGCACUUUGUCUGAGUAUACUAUCGCAGAAGAGAGGCUAUUAGCACACAAGCCACCAAAUCUAAGCUUUGUUGAAGCUGCUGCCAUUCCUGCAGCACUUGAAACUGCUCAUGAAGGCCUUCAAAGAGCUGAGUUUUCUGCUGGAAAAUCUAUCCUUGUUGUGGGAGGAGCUGGUGGAGUUGGUCACUUUGUUAUUCAGCUUGCAAAGCAUGUUUAUGGCGCAUCAAAGAUAGCAGCUACUUCUAGCACUGGAAAACUUGAACUUCUAAGGAAGUUGGGAGCUGACUGGGCUAUUGAUUAUACAAAGGAGAACAUUGAAGACUUAACAGAAAAGUUUGAUGUAGUCUACGACACCAUAGGAGAACCUGAUAGAGCAUUGAAGGCCGUUAAGGAAGGUGGAAAAGUUGUGACAAUAAUACCUCCAGGACUUCCACCAGCUAUAUUUUUCGUGCUAACUUCUAAAGGGUCAAUCUUAGAUGAGUUAAGACCUUACUUGGAGAGUGGUCAAGUGAAGCCAUUACUCGAUCCAAAGACCCCUGUGCCAUUUUCUCAGCUUAUUGAAGCCUAUUCCUACUUGGAAACCUCAAGAGCCAUAGGAAAAGUGGUCGUUUAUCCCAUACCUAACUAGCUCAAACGUCAUUAUUGAAUAUUAUUGCAUAUUAGUAACUGCUUUUGAUGGUGAAUAUUUAAAUAAAUAUAUAUAUCAUGUGUAUGUCCUAGUUAGUUAAGGUUUCAGAGUUCAGACAGUGUCUUUUUUCAUGUAAUAAAUUUGCCUAUUUAUAGAUCUCUAUUUUAUAUGAAAUCAAAGUCAAAGAAAGUUUACGAUAUUCAUGUAUUCUAGAUUUAUCCAUAACCUUCUAUAGAUGGAUUUCU